AUGGGAAACGUAUCCAGCGCAGACCAGGAUAAGGUCAACGAGCUACUCACGCGGAGAGCCAAGAAAAAGUUCAUCGCUUCUGAACGCAAACAACGACAGCAACUCCAGAAACUGCAGGUCCAGCAGCCCAAACUCUCCGAGGACUCCCCUUCCAGCCCUCACGUCCUCAUCCUCAACGACAACAACAACAACGUCGACUCUGUCCGUCAAGCAAACUUCUACUCCACUCGUAUGGCUACAUCGCCCAACAGUCCCCGCCCUAGCAACAACACCUCCUAUGCACCGUCAAUCGUUUCCCCCACCCAUACCCAUUACCAUUACAAGUCAUCCUCCGAGAACUCGCCCCUUAGUCCAACCGUCUCUGCAACGGCCCUCUCAAUAUCGGCCUCCACCACAACCACCUCCCUGUCGACACAUGUCUAUGAUGCAUAUGCUCCAAUCAAACCCACUCCCUCUCAGGGACCCUCCAGUCCCCUCCCCUCCUCACCAGUCGCAAUUCCCCGGCAAAACCACCCCGAUCACCGCUAUCAACGGCGAGAGAACAGCCUAGGCACUGAUUCAAACGGUGGUGGUCCAUCCCUCUCUCCCACUAGGCACGACUUUGACCACAACUCCAACUACCGCCAACAGCAGCAACAACUCUCUGCAGACCUCCGUCUCCUGGGAACCUCUCCCGAGGCUAAGGAUUGGCUCAAACAAAAGCCCAGGUCCUCGGCCCACAUGCUUCACCAGUACAACUUUCACAGCCACCAGUAUUACCAACCACCAGGGAGCGUCAAGAUCGUCAACAACACCUGUCGCAACAUGUCUGGCCUACCCCACGUGCCCACCCUCAGUCGUGCCAACACCGGCACCCCUGCCUGCACUCCUGCCAGCCCCGUAUCGUCUGUCAAUGGCACGAACAAGCCCUCAGCCCCUCCAUCUGUUCCGAAACCGCGACCAAAUUCUAUCACGGCAGCGGCGGCGGCGAUGGCGGCAGCAGCAGCCUCCCAACCGGAGACUGUCCAGAACCAUUCAAACCCCGCCCAAGGCGACGGCCCCUCCAACUCGCCAUCGACAACCCUCUCGGAGCAAGAGCAUCAAUUUGAUGGACACUUUUACGGCCACGGACAUAGCAUCACCCCUGCCAGUCCUCCUCCUCUUCCCCCUGUCUCUAACCCAACCUUCCAGAGUCUGAAGAAAGAGCCUCGGGUGGGUCGGCUGGUCAUGUCAUGGUCCAAGCUCAAUACCCCAUCCAUCUCCUCCCUUUCCUCGGCUGUCUCCUCUAGUUCGUCUCGCCUCUCUGCCGGAUCGACACCCGGCUCGCCCAUCGACCUACAAACUCCAGAUUCAUCCCUCACCAUCCCAACAGCAUCCGAGCAGAUCGAGCAACUGACCACCGACUCUACUGACCUGUACGAUCUCCAUCCAGGAUUGCGACCUAGUUCUACUCUGUCCUCCCUUCGGUCACUGUUUGGCAACCAUCCCCAGGGCUUGUCGCUGAUCGAGUCAUUAGAGGAGGAGGACGAGGAGGAUGGCGUUGACUCUCUUUCAGACACAGACUCGGAGAGCUCCGAGUCCGAGAAGAAGGAGAACAAUGGUCCGAAGUCAAGGAAGAGACCCACUCCCAACUUUGCCUGGAUGGAAGAGAGAAAACGACUCAGUGCAUCCAGCAUCCCAACUAUUAGCCACAGUGUGCAUGACAGUCAAAAGGGUCAGCACGCUCUGUGGAAGUACAUUGGAGGAGGGAACGCUCACGCUCCCCUUCGAUACGAUAUUGACCGAAUCCUGGAUUCUGGCUGCGGACUGGGAGAAUGGGCUAUGGAAAUGGCAAAGGAGUAUCCAAGCGCAACUGUUUACGGUGUCGACCUCAACCCUGACCUGUUUCCUGGCAUGUCUCAACCAGUGCCGAGUAACUGUCUCUUUGUCCAGUCCAACAUCUUGAGUCGACUUUCGUUCCCGGAUCACUACUUUGACUUUGUGUACCAGCGGUUCCUGUAUCUCGCACUCACUAUUGAUGACUGGCCUGUUGCCCUGAAGGAGUUGCGUAGAGUGAUGAAGCCAGGCGGGUGGAUCGAAUUGUUUGAGCCCUGCAUGCGAGUUCACCGGGCAGGACCAAGGACGCGGGAGGUGAUGCGUUGGAUCUCUAAGUUGUUGCAGGAAGAACGCGGACUGGAUUUUGACUUUGCAGGCGAGAAAAUGAAGCGUCUCUGCGAGUCGGAGAUGGUGGGGUUUCAAAACGUCAAGUUGGAGAGACUCUCGAUCCCUGUUGGAGCAUGGGGUGGACGGGUAGGCGAGGCCAUGGCUGAGAACAUGGUGCUGAUGUUCCAGAACCUGCAGGCGGCUCUUCGAGAAAGUGCCAGUUACCCAAAGGACGCAGCGUCAACUAAGGCAUAUGGAGUGAUGGUGCAGAGCUGGAUCCGGGAGUGUGAGGAGAACAAUUCGUAUAUUGACUAUUACAUCCUGGUCGGACAACGCGCGCCCUAA